AUGAUGAAUGACCUGAAUACAGACUGCAAAAAUAUUAUCAUGGAGCACCUGCUUCAUUAUUGCUACAAGGAUACAGCGAAAGCGCUGUUAGACGAUAUGCAGCUUCUGGAUGAAUGUUCGAAAGCGAUAGAGCUAAAAGUUGAUAAUGCAGGUGAAAUAGCAAUGGAUGUAUCGAACAAUCAUGACAAGAAGCACACCGUUGAUAUAUCCAUGCUCGACAAGAACAAUAUAGAGUGGAGCCACAUUGAUGCCAGAAGAGAUAUCCACAAUGCAAUCAGGGAAGGCGAUAUUGGGAGAGCAUUCAGCUUGAUUGAAAAGCAUUUUCCUCACUUAAUAAGAACCUACAGCACUAUCAAUCGAAUGGAAGCUGCAUUACAGGACAGCUUGACGUUGCCAAAAUCACAUUGCACCAUAUACAAGCUGCGAUGUCAACAGUUUGUCGAAACAUUACGUUCCUCAGGUCCUAUUGAAGCUAUUCAAUUUGCAAAGUUUUACUUUCGACCUUGCAGUAAAAUAUACAAAGAGCUGACAGAUGAUGCUACCUCUCUCAUCGCCUAUACAGAUUUGGAGAGUCAUGAUCGUUCUAGCCAGCGCCACAGAGACAAGAUAGCGGAUGAAGUAAACGAAAUGAUUUUAGAAUCACAACAUUUCUCUCCUCAAACUGCAUUAGAGAAGCUAUGGAGACAAAAAACUGCUAUCCAGGUAGAAUUAGACAACCAAAAACGACAAGCAUCCUCUCGAGAUCAGCAGGAAUCAGAAAAUACAAAAACUCUAAUGUGA